AUGAUGUCCUAUCUGAAGCAACCUCCGUACGCGAUGAACGGACUGAGCCUUUCCAGCUCAGGAGUGGACCUGCUGCACCCCUCAGUGGGAUACCAAGGAAGUGUUGUUUCUUUAAUGUCAGCAGCUCCUCGCAAGCAGAGGCGGGAGAGGACCACCUUCACUCGGGCCCAGCUCGACGUGCUGGAGAACCUGUUCGCCAAGACUCGGUACCCGGACAUCUUCAUGAGGGAAGAGGUGGCCUUAAAGAUCAACCUGCCGGAAUCCAGAGUACAAGUUUGGUUCAAAAACCGACGAGCCAAGCAUCGUCAGCAGGCCCAGCAGACCCAGACUGGAGUCCAGAACAAGUCCGCCAGCAGACCGGUGAAGAAGAAAGCCUCUCCGGUCCGGGAGGCCAGCUCCGAGAGCGGCGCCAGCGGACAGUUCACGCCUCCCCCCAGCACCGCUCUCCCCGCCGUGAGCGGCAGCGCGGCGCCCGCCUCCAUCUGGAGCCCGGCCUCCAUCUCCCCCCUCUCCGACCCUCUGUCCACGUCCUCGUCCUCCUGCAUGCAGCGCUCCUACCCCAUGACCUACACCCAGGCGGCGGGCUACAACCAGGGCUACACCCCACCCUCCUCCUACUUCACCGGUCUGGACUGCGGCUCCUACAUCUCCCCGAUGCACCACCAGCUCUCCGGCUCCGCCAUGAGCCCCAUGGGCGGCGGCGGCGGGGUUUCCGGCCACCUGAGCCCGGUGUCGACGCUCUCCUCGUCGGCGUACGGAGCGGCAGGACUCGGCUUCACCGGCGCCGCGGACUGCCUGGACUAUAAGGACCAGACCUCCUCGUCGUGGAAGCUCAACUUCAACUCGGACUGUUUGGAUUAUAAAGACCAAGCAGCCUGGAAGUUCCAGGUGUUGUGAGGACACGAUGUUUUCGUGCAAAGGGAAGGCCUAACUUCUACCUCGGGUCAAGCGGUGAGAGGUCCUGGGACUCUGAGCCUGACUUCUCACCACCUUUGAUCACGGGCACGGAACAAAUCUGCUGACCAGGAAGCAAACGGGGGAUCGGGAGACU